AAACUAAACGAGAAGCUAAAGUUGUAGUUCUUAGUUUUCCAGGCAUAACAUAAAUGCUCAAUUAUAAGAAAUCCAGAAGUCUAAGACAUUUCAACAGGCUCAAUUACAAGAUUUUAUUCUCUAAUUUGUAUAAUCCCUGGAAAAAGCAGUGUGUGGGGUGACAAGAUAGGACCAUCAGAGGAGCUAGUGCCUGGCCAUAAUCCAUCUUUGAUGGGAAUGUUUUAACAAAAUGUUUUUCUUAAAUCCUCUUCACAGCCACCGCUCAUCUGUAUCACAUUAUCACAGAAUGCUGUUCUAUCUUCUAUUCUGGACGAGUCUAUUUCUUUUGAUUACAAACGGUGAAAGAGGAUUUUAUGGGAAUCAUUAUGGCGAGUGGAAUGAUUCGCAACUGCAGCCCACCAUACAGAAGCUGAUGAAAGGCUACAAUCGAUACCUAAGGCCAAACUUCAACCAGGGGCCUGUUGAAAUUGGAAUGAGUUUGGAUAUUGCCAGCAUUGAUGCCAUCUCUGAGAUUAACAUGGACUACACAGCCACUAUCUUCCUAAGACAACGAUGGCGAGAUUCCCGCCUUGUUUUCCCUGGAAAUGAAAGUCUGAGUUUGGAUGGACGGCUGGUUUCUUUGCUGUGGAUCCCCGAUACGUUCAUCCCUGAUUCUAAGCGCUCCUUCCUCCAUGAUGUAACGGUGGAGAACCGUCUGAUCCGCAUCUUCAGCAACGGCACUGUGCUCUACGCUCUUCGCAUAACAGCAACCAUCGCCUGCAACAUGGAUCUCACCAAGUAUCCUAUGGAUAAACAAGAGUGUACUUUGCAAUUAGAAAGCUGGGGCUAUAAUUUACAGGAUGUGGUGUUUUACUGGACCCGAGGGAAUGACUCAGUGAAGGGGUUAGAUACACUGCGUCUGGCCCAGUACAGUGUGGAGAGCUACUACACAUCUGUAUCUGAAGCUGUGUACGAAACAGGUUUUUACCCGAAGCUCGUGCUGCACUUCUCCUUACGUAGAAAUGUGUUGUUCUUCAUUCUGGAGACCUAUGUGCCCUCAACACUGCUGGUGGUUCUGUCAUGGGUGUCUUUUUGGAUCAGUCAGUCCUCCGUUCCAGCUCGCACCUGCAUCGGGGUGACCACUGUUCUUACCAUGACCACACUAAUGAUGGGCGCCAGGACCUCACUUCCCAACGCCAACUGCUUCAUUAAAGCUAUCGACGUCUAUCUCGGCAUCUGUUUCACCUUCAUCUUUGGUGCUCUGCUGGAAUACGCCUGCGCUCAUUUCUGCACCAUGCAGCACCAGACCAUUGUAGAUGUGCAAAGGGAGCUACUCAAAGAAUUCGAGGAGUCAAAUGGUACGACUCACAUGGCAAAUUCAAUAUCACCCAAAAAGAUGCAGACAGAAGAAUCCACUCAGCAGGAGACAUCUGAGCAAUCUGUUACAUGCGAAGGGAAUGAGGACACAGACAAGAACCAGAAGGGGUGCGGUUUGUCCUCCGUAAAGCAAAUGUCCCGCCGAGCAGCAUCCAUGAUGAGUGUCGAGAAUCCUAACAACAUCGACAGACAUGCACGUGUAUUUUUCCCCAUGGUAUUUCUCCUGGUCAAUAUUUUCUACUGGCUCUACUACCUUUUAUUCUAA